UUUACUUCCUGCUGUCAUGGGCAGGAAGGAGCAUGUCACCAGAUGGGGCUCCCAGCUCUUCUGCAGCCUCUGAGCUUGACUGCCUGCCCCACGCACUGCAUGUGUCAAGGUGGGGUGGGGCUUUCCACCUCCCAUCCCAGAGGACUGGCAGAGGGGAAGGGGGCACUGUCCGGUACCCAGGGACAGGACCUUCUGCCGGGCUGUCUUUCUCCCUCUUUCCCAGAAAGAUUCCUUUCCCAAAAGCUGCUGGAGGUGCCCUUUCUCCUUCCUUGCUUUUCCUGACCCACACGACGGUGUCCCGCAGGCAUGGCGGCCAUCUCCGCAGGGCAGGGGGAAAAUAGGUUGAAGCAAUGCCAGGAGGCAGCAGAAGAGGUGACCGAGAUCAUGUUAGAAAACUACACAAAGGUGCUGGAGCGCGAUGGAAAACUUCAGGACCUGGAUGAAAGGGCAGACCAGCUGCGGGACCAGAGCUCGGCGUUCUGCAAGACAUCAAAAGCCGUGGCUGAGAAGAAGCGCUGUGAGAACGUGAAAUACAAGCUCAUCCUGGGAGCUGUCGUCGUGGGGAUUGUCCUCCUGCUGGCCAUCAUCCUUUCCCUCACCCUUCCUGGAUCCGGGAAGCAGGAAGCCCCAGCCAAGUCCAGCGCUGGGGGAGACUGAGUGCCUCCCCCCCGGCUCCUCGUGUGUGCACUGCAGAUGCCAUUUGGGCCUGGGCAAUCUGCACUUCUAGAGCACUAAGGAAGCAAGCCAAGGGGGCAACGAUGCUCCAGCAUCCAGAAGUAUGCUUGGAUUGUGUAGCUGAUUGUUACAGGCACUAGUUCUGGGAAUUUUGAAAUGUGAAAAUUGGUACUUCCCACAGAGGUACCAGCUUUACAACUGUAGCCCUUUAGCACUAGCAAAACUAAUUUAGGCUGCAUUUUUAUGCUCAUUUACCUGCAACUAAGCCCUCUGAACGCAAUGCAUGUUACUUUUGAAUAGAUAAGGCAAGGAUUGUACGAUUAGAUAAACAACUGCAUUGUAUUCCA